GUGAUAAGUGGUUGGAGUGAGAGAUCAUGGGCUGACGGGUUGGAAGCCGUCACGCUUCUGUACAUAGGCCUCCAGAUAUUAUUUUCGAGUAUAAGUAGAAUGAAUCGUCGAGGUAGAAGAUUAUGUUUUCAUUCCUCCCGUUCCACAGCAGUUCAACUCAAGGUUCACAAGCAAGCUUUCGAAUCCUACCUCUCCAGUUUUAACCGAUAUCACAUAACUACCUAAUAUACAUACCUGUAUCUUCUACUCUCUCGCAAGAUGUACGGCCAAACCAUUAUAACUUCCCUCCUCCCCCUUCUAUCUCUUUCUCUCGCUCUUCCCCUUGAGCCACGAGACACUACCACCGAUUUCACCCUCACCAGUCUGGGCGCCACAUUCCCGUACUCCGGGGUCUACGGAGAUGAGUCUGUCAACUCCCACGUCAACGUCGGGCUAAGCUACCCGGACCCCUCGUCGACGAGCGGCGCCACUCUCAACACAACAUGCAGCGUUAGUUGGCCUGCCGGUACCAACCCAGGCCCGACAGCUUGGACCCCCUGCGCCGAUGGAAAAGUACAAUUCCGCCUGCCGACGAACGGGUGGACCAGCACCACGAACUUCCGCGUCGAGUUCUGGGAGCAGCUGAAUUCCGAUGGAUCGGGCUUAGAAGCCACACACUACAUCCAAAUGGACCCAAGCAACCCGAGCAACCCGGCCGCAGUUAUGUUCUGUCUCCAGAUGGGCAAAUUCAACCCUCUGACCUGCUCCUUGACUGGGCCGUAUGGUCAAACACCAAGGACCGUAUCCAUGGCCGCGACUGAGGAGAGCGCGAUACCAAGCUAGAGUCUAGAUUUAUCUGAAAAGAGCUCGCUUCGUGCAUCGGGUAAAAAAUAAAGAUAGCCUGGGGUAAUCGGGUUAUAAAUAGAACAACGUGAAGAACGAAUGGUUUACGCACGGUGAUGAUGAGUCAGCUAGCUGGAUACGUGUCUCGUGUCCGCGCAAAGGAUUUAGAAACAUAACCGACCUAGCAAUAGGAGGCGCUUUUGGUUGGGCAAGUUUAAAAGAAAGAAAUAGAAGCAUAUAAUUAUAUCUGUAAUAUUAUUCGAUUACAUCAGAUACCAACGAGCCAACUGAGCUAUAUAUUCGUGAUCAACUACCACACAGUUUCUAGACCGUUAACUCCGACGGGGCGUUCGCCGAGAGUGGUGAUGCGGAAGCCGUGGCGCAAGCCCUCUUCCUCAUUAUGCACAUCGUAAUCCGAUAUCGCAGUGUGAGCCGUCACCCUGUUGUCCCAGAGCGAUACCGUUUGGUCGUCCCAUUUCACUCGGACUUGGAC